AGGGCAACAAAGCAGGAGAAUUAGUCUUCACAGAAAGAGGAGGACUCUCCCUACCUUAAAGCUUCUUGGAGCUUUACUAAAACCCAUCAUGGGGGGUACCAAGCUCUGCCUUAUGCUGCUUCUGGGCACAUACGCACUAGCCCAGCAAGAUGUGGCAAAUGUUGAGGAACAAUCUCCAGUUUGCCCUUGGUCCAAAAGAUUCAAGACCUUCAGGCGGUUUGUGUACGACUAUGAAGUCGAGGCUUUUAACGGCGUGCAAGGAGCCACCGAACAGAGGAGCGGCCCCAGAGUUUCCUGCAAAGUUGAGGUUGAAGUGCCCCAGACCUGCAGCUUCGUUCUGCGUACAACAGAGUGCUCUCUGAGUGAGAUCUUUGACAUUGAUGAUAAUGGAAACAUGCUGUACCGUCCCGCUGCUGAAGCUGAGGCUUUCAGAGAUUCUAUGGCCAGGAACACCUUGAAGUUCACAGUUGAAGGAGACCUCGACGUCAAACUUUUCCCUGAAGAUGAUGAGCCUGUCAACAUCCUGAACAUCAAGAGAGGAAUCGUAUCUGCCCUCAUCGUGCCAGUUAUGGAAGAGGAUAGGAGCAAGAAAAUGCCCACCGUGCACGGGAUCUGCCCCACCGACCAUACCAUCAACGCCAGAGAGGAUAUUGCCACUAUUGUUAACGUCUACAGGGAUCUUUCCAAAUGUGACAUGUUCUUUGCUCGCAGGCAGCACACCAGCCCCCUGGCCCUCAUCACUGGCAUGAACCUUCCUCUAUCCAAGCUGAUCGAUAGCACCCAGAGCUGUAACUACAAGUUUGACAACCAGAAAAAGCACAUGACCACCGUGACCUGCGCGGAGAAACACAUCUUCCUGCCUCUGUCUUCCGAGAAGGAAUAUGGAAUUUUUACAUUGUUAAAGCAGACUUUGAAUCUGAGGGAGACCUCCAAGAUCAACGACAGAAUCUUCGACCGUAAUGAGAUCAACAUCAAGUCCCUGGCCAUGGAUGUUGCUGAUGACAAGCUCCCUGUGCAGACCACCGAUGCCGUCAUGUCCAUCAUGCAGGAGCUGAACACCCUGACCAAUGGUGAGACGCGUGCCACUCUCUUCCACAACCUGGUGUCCGAGCUGCGUGGCCUAAAUGUCGACACCGUUGGAUCUGCUGCCGUUGAGAUGAUGGAUGUGUCUGGAGCUCUGACCUUCCAAGCUCUGGCUCAGUGCGGCACCCCAGAGUGCACCAGCGCCAUGCUGAAGGUUCUCAGGACAUUUGACCAGGCUGCUCUUGAAGUCGAUGCCGCCGUCUACGCCCUGGGACUGCUGUCUAACCCCUCCCGCCUGAUGGUGAAAGACAUGCUGGCUAUGGCUCAGUACAAGCAGAGCAAACCCAUCAUGUAUGGUCUGAGCAAUGCAGUCAGGAAACUGUACCAGGCUGAGGGUGUAACCCCUGAAAUCACUGCUGUCUAUGAGUACAUUGCUUCCAUUCUGAGCACUGACUGCCCUGGAGAGAAAGAUCUGACCUUCCUGACCCUGAGAGUUGUUGGAAACAUGGGAGAUGCAAUGGAGGCUGCUGACCCAACCAUCAAGGCUACCCUGCUGAAGUGCAUGAGACAGCCUGCAACCACCCUGUCAGUGCAGCUGGCUGCCAUCCAGGCUUUCAGACGCAUGUCUGUGACAGAUGAGGUUCGCUCUAACCUCCAGAGAGUCAGCCAGUACCCCAAGGGUGCUGUGCAGAAGCGCCUGGCAGCUUACCUGACUCUGAUGAGGAAUCCUCAGGACAGCGACAUUGAGAUGGUGAAGAAGCUGCUGAGACAGGAGCAGAACAUGCAGAUCAAGUCAUUUGUGACCUCCCACAUCUACAACAUCAUUACCUCCACCGACGCAGAGACUCAGAAGUUUGGCAGGAAGAUUCUGGAUGCCUUGGAGGACCCUGAGGUCAUCACACACAGUGACUACACCACAAUGUCUCGCAACUACAAGCUGAGCGGCGUUCAGGGCAACAUCAUCUUUGAUCCCAGCAGCCAGCUGCCAAGGGAGGUGCUGCUUGAGACUACACUGAAAGCUUUUGGUUUCAACAUGGAUGUUUGGGAGUUUGGCAUGGAAGGAAAGGGCUUUGAGCCAACCAUUGAAGCUCUGUUUGGACAGAAUGGAUUCUUCCCCGACACCCUGUCAAAGGCUCUGUACUGGGCUGAUGACAAGAUGCCACCAAAGGUCAAAGAAAUCCUGAGGAAAUGGGUUCCAAUGGAAACAGACAAUAAUAGGGUUCCUGAGAAUCUUAUGAGAGAGGUCACACGCAACUUCAACAAGCUGGUCAAGGAUCUGCAGAGCCAGGAUACCCCAGAGGCCAUGGCCUACCUGAGGAUCAUGGGAGCUGAGAUGGGCUUCAUCAAAGGCAGUGAACUAAAAUUUAUUGCUGAUAAUGCAAUGAUGUAUGCAGAUAUCUUCAUGAGGAUCAUUCCUACCAAGGUCAUGGCUAAGCUGAUCUCCAGCACUGAGAAUGAGAUCUUCGCCCAUUACAUCUUCAUGGACAACAAGUUCAUGAUUCCAACAGCAUGUGGAUUGCCUUUGACAUUUGCUCUGUCUGGUACUUUCACUCCUGGUGCAAAGGGAGGCCUUCGCAUGGCUCCAAACAUGAAGGAGCUGGUGUUCUCACCCUCUGUUGGAGUUGAGUUUGUGACCAAGAUGGGAAUCCACAUCCCUGAAUUUGUUGCAUCAGGUGUUGAGGUGCACACCAACAUGUACCAUGAGAGUGCACUCAAUGCCAAGAUCACCAUGGAGGAAAACCAGGUCAAGCUUUCCAUCCCUGCCCCACAGGGUACCACAAGGUUCUUCACAAUCAGAAACAAAGUGCAGAUUGUGGGUGGUGGUUUUGCUGCAGAGAUCCCAAGCAAUGAGGGUGAAUCCAGUUGCAAAGUUCUCUUCACUGGAGUCCAGUACUGCACAAGAGCAAGUCGUGCCAACACUCGUGGCAGGACCAAUGUUCCUUAUUACCCUCUCACUGGAGAGACUAGUUAUGCUGUGCUGAUUAAGCCCACUGGCAAGGUUUCUGAGUACACAGCCACCAUCGCCUAUGAACUCCUGAGUGAAGGAAAAGAUGGCCGCCAGAAGGUUGACGCUUUGAAUAUUGCCCUGAGAGCUGAAGGUACCGAGACCACUGAGGCAACAGCCACCAUGAAAUACAACAGGAACAGGAAUGUCUUCACCACCCAGGUCCAGAUCCCCGACUUUGAUGUUGAGGCUGGUGUUAAGAUUGGCAUGACUGACAGCAGCGCCAAGGGCAAAUCUAUCAUUUUUGAGAUUUCCGACAAGAACGGGCCUCAGAUCUCUCUGAUUGGCCGUGCCAAGCUUCAGGCCAUGGCUGAAGGCAUGAUGCAGGUUCAGCUUCUGGUCCCCUCACUUCAGACCGAUGCUGCCGUUACAGCUACAAUGAGCAAUGCUGACGGACUCACAAUGGAGAUCAAAAGUGACAUGAAACUCCCAGAGACCACCUCUGUUCAGGCUGUCACAUUCAAAUAUGGUGAAGACCAGGCUGAGGUUAUCCUGAUGUCCAGCAUGAACGCUGAUACUAAGAUCCUGGUGCCUUACACUGAAGCCCUCCAGACCUGGCUCAUGCAGUUUGUGGAGGAUGUCAUGGACCAGCAGGUUGUGAAGACCGACAUGAAACUGCGUCAUAUCUUCAACAAGGCAGUUGAGGCCAGCAAUAUCUGGAUGGACAAGAUCACAGCGGACGUGCCCUACGUUGAGACCUUGAGGGACAAAAUGGCAAAUAUCGAAAUGCCAUCCAUGCCUUCCAUGCCUGAAACCCUGUUCAUGGACCUUGAAAGCGCAAUCAAAUACAAGUUCAACGAAGAACGUCUGGCCAUCACUUUCCCUCUGCCUCUUGGUGGAAAAUCCUCUGAAGAGCUGAUGAUUCCUCCAAUGGUCACCUCCCCAGAAAUUUCUAUGCCUCAGCUGGGCAUGGAGGUUGCCUCAAAGGAGAUCAGAAUCCCCACUUUCACCAUCCCUUCAGAAUAUGAUUUCACUCUGCCUCUGAUGGGAAUGGUAGAAGUGACCUCCAAGGUCAACAGCAACUACUAUAACUGGGAGGCAACUGUGUCUGCUGGUAACAACACAGUCGAGUCUCCUAGCUAUGUGGCCAAAUUCAGCAUGAAGGCUGACAGUCCCAUUAAGGUUCUCGCCUUUUCAACGGAGGGAAUGACUACAAUCACAGACACUGCAGAGAAAACCAUGAAAAUGGCCACUGAAGGCUCCAUGGAGCACAUGCUCAUGAGCACUGGUUUUGGUGUUCUGGAAACCAUUGCUGUCACAGACAAUGUUCUGUCAACUGGAAGGUACAAUGUGUACGUUAGAUCCCCUGUGGGUCUGGACACUUCCCUGACCGUUACCACCCAGGUCGUCCUUGCCUCUGAUGUGCUCUCUGGAGACAUCAACACAGAUGGAAGCAUUACCAUUGGUCCCAUGACUGCUAGCACUACCUAUCUUCACACCUUCUCCGUUGAACCAAUGAAGAAAGAAGCAAGACUGGAGAGUACACUGCGUGUGACCUCUGAAAUCCUGAAGGUAAUGAACAAGGUGAAGGCAUCAUAUGCAAAUGAGGAACUUCUGAUCGAGUCCAACACCAACAUGAACAGUGAACCCAUCAAGCACACCACCAAAAUGAGUCUUAACUACAAGGAUGUCAAGCUGACUGCCCAGGCUGAUUCUGUGACCAAGGCUGAUGAGCGAAUGCUUCGUAGCCAGUUUGAGUUCUCUGCCUCUGAAGAACAGGUCAUCCUCAGGAUAGAAAAUCAAGCUGAUGACACUGAGAACCGUGCCUACUCUUUGCUCACUGGGUCCAUGACCCCCACUGGUGUGGAGAUCAACACCGAUGCCUCCCUGAGCAUCCUCUCAAGCCUUGCCUCUCAUAAGGCCUCCUUUGCCCUGGACAUGAAUGGCCUGACCACAAGCUGCACCACAACUGCUCAGUUUAGCCCAAUGACCUUUGAGAAUGUUUUCCACGGUGGAGUUGACGCUAAUGGUGCCACCAUGUCUCUCACCACAAAGGGAGCCAUUAAAGAUAACACAGCUGAGCUCAAUGUUGAAGGAAAGAUGGCAACUUCAGAGGUGUAUUUCAAUGGCAUUCUUAAGGGUAACCUCUUUGACAUUAACACCAGAAACAGAGUGAACCUCAGACUGAAUGAAGAUGGCCUGAUCCUCUCCAACAACAUCGUUGGAUCUCUCAAUGAGAUGAGGACCGAAAAUACCCACUCACUGGCUCUUACUCUUAGCUCCUUCACACUCAACUCCAAGACUGACAACUUCCUCAACACCAAAAACUCCUACAUGCAUGAUAUCACAGUUAACAUGGAGCGCUUCACCGCCUCUGUUAUGGUGAAAAAUGACCUGAAGAUCAUGGAUGUCAACUUUGUGAAUGAUGCCCAGUUCAAGGCCAAGCCUUACAACAUGGAGCUGACUGGAACAAUGAUGGGAGUCUUUGCAGAGGAAGAACUCAAGCAUAUUUAUGAAGUCAAGUUUGUUGACAUGGUGCUCUCUGCCAAGUGCAACACUAAUGGUAAACUCCUGGGCACACACAUGACUCAUGCCACUGAUAUGGAGAUUGCUGGUCUGACCAUGAAGUUCAACAAUGCAGCCAACUUCAACUCACCAUCUCUCCGCCUGGACAGCACAGUCAAAACUGUUGCUGAACCUUUUGCUCUGAACAUCGAUGCAGUUCUCACUUCAGAUGGUUCAGUGCGUCUGUUUGGAGAGCAGAGCGGUGAGCUGUACAGCAAAUUCCUCCUGAAAGCAGAGCCCAUGCUGUUCACACAUUCACUUGAGUGCAGAGCCUCAACAACCCAUGAUCUGGAAGGCAGACCAAGUAUCAAGACCAACAUGAACAACAAGUUCAACAGCAUGCUGAGCUUCCAAGAGCAAAGUGUCAACCUGAAGGUUACAGCUAAUGUGAAUGAGCACACUUUUGAUCAGGAAAUGAGCGCCUACAACAACGCAGAGAGGCUGGGUGUAGAGAUGACAGGAGAAGUCACUACCCCUUUCUUCACCGAGGCCAGUGAAAAUUAUGCCAUCUCCGGAUUUGUGAAAUAUGACAAGAACAGCGAAAGCCACUUCCUCCAGAUCCCAUUCAUUGAGCACCUGCCUGCCUUUUUUGAAAACAUGAAAAUAACAAUGAUGGGCCUGAUGGACCGAAGCAUUGAAAUGCUGGGCGAUAUCAACUCCAGGUAUGAGAUCAGCACAAAGUUCCAGAACAAAGUGUCUGAACUGAAGGAGGUCAUUGACAACUUCGACUUCAAUCUCUUUGUCCAAGACCUGAAAAAGUUCCUCACCUCAGUUGAAAACUAUUUGACCAAUCUGACAGCCAAGUUGCCAACCGAGCAGAUUGUGAAUGCAUUGAUGACAGUGAGGGAUGCCAUCAUGAGCUGGAUCAAGCAGUAUAACAUUCCUCACAAGUUCAAUUUGAUCUAUGCCAAAAUUGAAGAGAUCCUUUCCAACUAUGAGGUUGAGAAGAUGGUUGAAGCUGUCAUGGAUGAGGUGGUCAAAAUUAUGAAGCAGUAUCAGGUUAGGGAGAAGAUCCAGGCUGUGUUUGCUGCUGUAAGGUCCAUCGACAUCAAACCUGUGCUCCAAAAAGUGAUGCUACCUAUUCAGGAGUUUGUCAAUGAACUGUAUUCCUUUGACUUCAAACAGCUGAUCGAUGACAUGAGUGACUAUUUUGCGAGACUGGUUGAGAAAAUCAAAUCUUUUGAUUAUGACACAUUCACAAUGGAGCUGAAAGAGAAAGUGGCAGAAAUGAGCAAGAUCCCCUGUUUCGGAAAGCUCUCUGGAGAGUUCAAGGUUACCUCACCUCAUUACACACUCACAACCUCUGCUGCCUUUGAGAACACCACAACUACAUCAGUCACACCAGAGUUCAAACUUAACCUUAACUCUCAGGCUUCUUCUACCUUGAAAAUCCUUGACUUCUCUUUGGACGCGGGAGCUCACAUCGCUGCACCCAAGAUGAGCCGCCUGUCCAUCACUGAGAGCAUCAAAGUUGGCCAGUCAUGUCUUGCAUUUGACCACAAGGGAACCAUGACUCUGUAUGGCCUGUCACUUCAAGCUUCUACUGAAACAACCGCAAAGGUUGAUACCGAACUUUACAUUGCUGAGCUUGUCAAUAAUGCAUUCCUCGCCAUGGAAAAUGGAGUGUCUGCCAACAUGGAAACAACAUACACUCAUGACAUGAAACGCUUCGGUAAAACAUCAAUGAAUCAGAAGGCUGUUUUUGUGAUUGAGGCUGGCACUGCUACUCUGACUAUUAACAACUUGGGCGAUGGACAAUUCACAAUUCUGGACUUUGCUGAUGAGGCAUCCCACAAGAGUGAUAUUGAGGUGGUCAUGGAUCUCCACACAGCCAAAGUGACCUUCACUGGAGCAACAGGCAGCAGCAACUUCAAACUGAAUCAGAAUGUGAUGGCAGAUAUUUGCAUUUUCCGCCACAUCAUUUUUGAUGCCAAGUUUGAGACAGAGACACCUGUCAUGAAGGGUAGUGUUGCAGCAGUCAAGUUCCAAGCUAAAGUUGAAGACAUGAAAGUUGAUUUCACUGCCUCUCACAAUGCGGAGCUUACCGGACAGGUUGAGGGAACCAUCGCAAGUUCCAUGCUUGCUUUGAUCACACCUAGUGAGUUCAUGUUUGACACCAAGAACAAGGGAAAUGCCAAGGUUACCCUCCCAUUCAAAGUGUCCGCAAAGAUUGAUCUCCAGAAUGACAUGUCUGCAACCCUGAACUCUGAAGUGCAGCAAGCUAGCUGGACCGGUCUGGCUCGCUUCAACCAGUACAAGUACUCCCAUUACCUCAGCAUGGAUAAUGGUGAUAGCGAAAUCAACAUCUUCUCCCAGAUUAAUGGAGAAGCAAAUCUUGAUGUACUGAGGGAGCCAAUCACCAUUCCUGAAAUAAAUAUACCAAUUUUUGGUAUCAAGACACCAAGUGUGGAGGACUUCUCUCUUUGGGAGGACACUGGCCUGAGCAAUCUCUUGAUCACAACUCAGCAGACACUUGACAUGAGCUCCAAAUUGAAGUACAUGAAGAACCCAGAGAUGUACACCAUUGCAUACAUUAACAUGGAUCCAAUCAUCAACAUCAUCAAUACCAAUGUCGAGAACAUGCUCAUCAGUAAGGAUAAGGCUGCUGACAUCCUGGCUACAUCUUAUGACAGAGCAAGGUCAGAGUAUGAAAAAUACAGCAUUGAGCUGCCCAAAACCAUCACAGUCCCUGCCUACAGAGUUCCAGUAAUGAAUGUCGAGGUGUCUACUUUCACCAUCCCCCUGCCCGACUUCAGUCUCAUCACAAUGCCUGCCUUCCAUGUCCCAUCUGCCCUUAGCAAGCUCACGGUUCCAAAAAUCCCCCUGCUCGGUGUCCGAAGCAUCAGUAUCCCUGUGAUGGGUGAUCUGACUUAUGAGUUUGCCUUGAAAACAGCUGUGAUCACACUCAAAACUGACGCCAGCAUUCUUAACCAGGACAGCUUCAUUGUCAGACUCGAUGCCUCCUCCCUCUCUGAAUUUGAGUGCCUGAAUGGAAAGAUUGAGGGUAACACAAACAUUAACACCGCUGCUGGACUUAGAAUGGCCUCUGUCCUGUCUGCAAAACAUGAAAUGCUGGAGGGAAGUCAUGAGAGCAACAUCAUCUUGAGUUACGAGACUGUGGAUACCUCCAUCACUAACUCAGCAAAGGUUAUUCUGCCUGCCCUGACCAUGGAAAUCAACCAGGAAAUUGUUGGAAACUCAGAUGAAGGCCUUGUUGUGUCCAUGUCCACUCCAUCUGCAGGACUCAUUGCACUUCAGAUGCAGACCAAGCGCCCUGCCCAAGUUAAAGCAAGACUCUAUGGCCGCUACCCAUCUGAGCCAACAACAGACAUCGAUAUCUUGGGUCUGAAGAUGUCUGUGAUGAACUCUGAGAAGCUGAACCUCCAGACAACCUGGAAUAUGGAGAUGCCAUACGAGAUGAUGCUGCGAAUGAAGAAACAGGUGCCCGCAGUCAUGGAAAUGGUGUCUGAUCCUGCUGUGAAGACCUAUAACACAAUCUACAGGCAUGCUAGAAGCCUUGAGGGUUCUUAUGAGCAGGCUAAAGAGCAGGGCAAAGUGAUGUUGAAGAAUGCUGUUGACAAUCUUGCAAAUGUAGAUCCUUCUAGUGUUAUGACAACUGUCACAGAUAAAGCCAUUAUGAUGCUGAAGAGAUACCAACAGAGAGUUAAUAUGGUUCUUGAUGCUGUUGUUAAGUUCCUGAGGGAGACAAAAUUCCAGUUCCCUGGGUAUGAAGAGAGGCUGUCUGGGCUCGAGAUCUACCAAAAACUUAGUGCCUUCGUUGCUGAUGUAACUGAGGAGGCCGUUCAGAAGAUUCCAGAGUACUUUUCCACCAUGUUUACUACAGCCCUUGAUUAUUUUAGAUCAAUUGAAUUCACCAUCCCUGGCUCUAACUACAUUGUCAGCGGAAGGGAAGUUCUCGAUGACCUGUCUGUGUUUUUGGGGAAAGUUCAGGACCAGGUGAUUGUCACUGUUAGGAAACUGGGAAACAUCCAGCUGGAAGAUAUUUUUACCAAAUUCUCUGAUUUCAUGCGGUUUGCCACUGAACAAAGCGAGAAGUUUCUCCUAACCCUUAAAUCUCAGAAUGUAGAGAAGCUCUCCACCUUUGUGAGUGAUGUUUACACUGAUGCCAUCAACUCCCAAAUUCUGGCUGAUGUUGCCACACAGGUAGAGGAGGCCCGCAGAAUUGUGAUGGAAUAUGUUGAAGCUGUGAAAGCUAAACUCGAGGAUAUUAUGGCUAACAUGUCUACUGAGCAGCUUCAGGCUGAUAUUCAGUCCUGGAUUGACUUGAUGGUAAAACGUAUUAAUGCUCUCCAGAACAACAUCAUUAGAGCUCUGAAGGAAAAAAGCAAAAAGGUUGAACCAUUUGUCAGAGUCAGUGAUAGACAGAUAGAUGUUGAUAUUCCUUUGCCAUUUCUUGCCACAGUCAACUAAGCGACAAUGGCUAACUAUUCCAUCAUAAAAACAAAACUAUAGGUUAACAAUGUCCUGUAACUGUACUGUGUGUGUCUCUCCACUCUGUUUUUCAUAAUUUUAACUAUUUUAGUUGUCUCCCAGUUUUCUGACCCUACUGUGACUCUUUGUGUCUUGUACUAUUUAAAAGAAUAUGUGACCUUCAAUAAAGACCAUUUGUACUGCAUA